AGAGUAUCUUGGGCCCAGCGAAAUCGCGGUAGCCUUACCGCCCCAGCGAGACCUUCGGCCCCCGCACGCUAUGCCACCGGCCACCCCUCCACCCUCCGCCUCCUCCUAACCCUAGAAUCUUCGAGAAGCACCCGGCGAGGAGCGCGCCGCCGCGGCGCUUCCGGAAGCUUCUGGAAGGAGGAGAGGGAGAGAGACAGGGGGGACGGCCCCGCAGCGGCGGCGGCGGAGAUGGGGACGUCGGAUCUGGACCGGCAGAUCGAGCAGCUGAAGCGGUGCGAGCCGCUCACGGAGGCGGAGGUCAAGGCGCUCUGCCUCAAGGCCAUGGAGAUCCUCGUCGAGGAGAGCAACGUCCAGCGCGUCGAUGCCCCCGUCACCAUUUGUGGAGAUAUCCAUGGACAAUUCUAUGACAUGAAAGAGCUGUUCAAGGUUGGAGGUGAUUGCCCAAAGACAAACUAUCUGUUCCUUGGGGAUUUUGUUGACCGAGGAUUCUAUUCUGUUGAAACAUUUUUGCUUCUUUUGGCUUUAAAGGUUAGGUAUCCAGACCGUAUAACUUUAAUACGAGGAAACCAUGAGAGCAGGCAGAUCACACAGGUUUAUGGAUUUUAUGAUGAGUGCCUUCGCAAAUAUGGCUCAGUCAAUGUCUGGAGAUAUUGCACAGAUAUAUUCGACUAUUUAAGUUUGUCUGCACUUAUCGAAAACAAAAUAUUUAGUGUCCAUGGAGGCCUUUCUCCUGCUAUCACGACACUGGAUCAGAUAAGAGUAAUAGAUCGCAAGCAAGAAGUGCCUCAUGAUGGGGCCAUGUGUGACCUUCUAUGGUCUGAUCCAGAGGAUGCUGUAGAUGGUUGGGGAUUGAGUCCUCGAGGUGCAGGAUUCCUCUUUGGUGGAAAUGUAGUUUCAUCAUUUAACCACUCAAACAACAUAGAUUAUAUUUGCCGUGCGCAUCAACUUGUCAUGGAAGGGUAUAAAUGGAUGUUCAAUAACAAGAUUGUAACUGUAUGGUCUGCCCCUAAUUACUGCUACAGGUGUGGCAAUGUUGCUGCAAUCCUAGAGCUGGAUGAGAACCUUAAUAAGAAGUUCUGUGUAUUUGAUGCUGCACCACAUGAAUCAAGAGGUGUUCCUUCUAAGAGGCCUGCACCAGAUUACUUUCUGUGAUGCUGCACAUUGAACGCCUGCGCUUGCUGCCUAAUUUAUGCUUUCAAGCACUGGCACUGGCAGGCAAGCUUUGUGGAUGAUGCCCCAUGUUGUAAGAAGCGCUCAGGCCUUACAAGGGUCCUUCCAGAAGGUGUUUUCAGGAUGUCUAAAUCUAGUGUGUCGCGGUCUCCUUUCAGGUCUUUGAUUUGUAAGAGAGUUGAUGCUGGCAUCCAGUUUUUCACAGAAUAGCUCCCAUUUGAGCUCGAGAAACAUGCUUCUAUGAAGGGGGUUUCAUGGGGUGUGUGCCCUAGUACAUGAUGUAAAAUUUUGUCGUGGUGCCUCGUCCCUAAGAAAAUCCAUUGCUAGAAUCUGGAGGGGUUGCAGGUGGUGUGCCUGAAUAUCUUACCUUGUUUACGCUGGAACCUGCAGGAAAUUUUGUAGCUGACAUCUGCAAGCUGUUAGUAGGAAAGCAUGUUGUCCAGUACCUUUUGCGACUAGAACUAACUUGACUGAAAUAUCUGCAUGUAAUGUAACAUGCUCUGGCAGCUUUUCUAAUUUAAAUAUGCCUAGCUGUAAGCUUACUAAGUACAUUUGAUACUCUGUUGUGCCUUA